UCUUGAGUGCACACCAUCAUACAUAAUCCUCGACAUCAAGAAGAAGGCCAACACGUUUCCAGGCCGGUCUUGCGUACUUAGUCAUCUGGGUCCUUAAUGACGAUCAUGAGCAUGACUUGACACUGGCCUCUAGUUCUUUUUGUGUAUUUGUCGUCCUUCCUACACUGAUUGUGUUUUUUGGCCCGCCAGUGAGUCAUUGAAACCAACAUUAGAAAAUGUCCGUAGCACACGUUGGCAGAGAGGACCCCGCCGACAUUAUGGUGUUCCCGUGGCUCGGGCCCGGAAUCGAAGAUCCGUUUCCACUGCCCGGUGACAUUCGGAAGUUGCGACCCGUACUGCGCACGAGCACUGCCAACUACGAACGAAACAUCCAGUGUUGCGUAACGGACAAGAUGGCGAGCGUGCGGCAGUAUCUCACAGAUUUCUUCUUUCCGCUCGACCUGGGCUGGAUCGUGCAUGGGUUCGGUGUCACUCCAAAGCCGGUUGGAAGUUCUGGUUCUUUUGGCUUCAUUCUACUCGUCGCCGUCAGCAACAGCAAGCGGGAACUGUCUGGAGAACAACUAACAGAAUAUUUGAGGGCAAUCGAGAUGAGCGACAAAAUCUCGCCGGCACAAGUGCAAAAUUUUCAUAAGCAGAAUCGUACACACGCAGAGCACAUCGUUGACGCAGCGGUCGCUGCAGAGCAAGAGCAGUCCAAGUUAAAGAGCGAAGCAAAGGCGAAGAGGAAAGCGAAAAAGGACUCAGCUGAACAAACUAAAUCCGCGGAGCCGAUGGAGGCAUCACGUGCAGUUCUGGGGCCGAGUCCUGAAAUACCGACGGGCUCCCAGGCGCGAACGGAAGCUGGAACGCAUCGCCGCACUGGUUUUUCUCAGAGUGAACAGGUGGAUGUUGAGAUGCGUUCGGUCGGGAGCGUGGAGCUUGAUAGCGACGUGAAUCAGGAUCAGGAACAGGAUGGUUCAGAAAACAGAAGCGAGACCGCCCACACGCGGUUCACAGGGCGAGUGGCGGUCACUGACAUGACGGGCGAGAGCCACGGUGUGGAAACUAUGUGGGGGCCGCAGCCCAUUACCUUUGCGGCGUCCACGACUGUAGCGCAGGCGCAGAAGAUUUUGAGGACUAUUUACGGAAAACAUGUUAGCUUCCGGUUGCUGCCACAAGACCCGGCGGAUAUGCAUCUGUUGCAGAAGUUUGAGGCCGAGGGCGAGCUGGACGAAAGUGUUGAAUGCGACGAACAGGAGGAUGACGAAGAGCGCAUUACAUGUGGCGAAUUCGGAGGCGCGUCCGGCUGCAUUACCUUGUUUUUCCAGGAAGCGCCCGAAUCGGAUGAAGACGAAUUGGAAGACGACGAUGACGAUAUGGAGGAGGAAGACAGCGAGAGCGACGAUGCGGUCGACUUAGAAGGACAGAAUGAGGAUCCACCAGUCGGCGAACAAAACCUUGCCGUACGGCUAACAAUUGAUGAUCUCGUGUAGUCUGAUUGAGACCUUGCAGUUGACGUGUAGGUAGGAAUGCGUUCGUCUUGGUGCAGCUUUUGAUGCCCCCACCGCCACGCAACAUUCGUCAUGAAACGAAGUCAGAAG